GAAUAAGGGACUGGAAUUUAUCCCUUCCACUGGGGCACUGGUCUGGUUAACCAAUUUAUUCCAUUAAACCGUAGUACGUGCACGACUUAAUUAACUCAGGACCGUUGCUUCCAUUGCUGUCAACGCACGCAUACUCGGCCUUGUUGCGAACAAAGAGAGUGUGGGUGGAGACAAAUCAACUGAGAAAUCAGAAUCAAAUAAACUCUCGUGGCUCGUGGGGUGGGGGUUAAUCGGACUGACUGACAGUAGCAAUGCCGGUGGCGGAAGGUGAUGCUCCUCCUACUACACAAGAAGAGUACUUUGACGUCCUCACCAAAACCGGUCAGAAGACCGGCAUUUCCAAGCCCAGGGGAGAUGUUCAUCGAGACGGGGAUUACCAUCGAGCUGUUCAUGUGUGGAUUUUUGCUGAGAGUACACAAGAACUGCUUAUCCAACGGCGUGCCGACUGCAAAGAUUCAUGGGCCGGAUUGUGGGAUAUCUCAAGUGCUGGACACAUAUCCGCUGGUGAUUCGUCACUUAUAACAGCUCGGAGGGAGCUUCAAGAAGAGCUGGGUAUAGUACUUCCAAAGGAUGCAUUUGAAAUGCUAUUCGUUUUUCUUCAAGAGUGUGUGACAAAUGAUGGAAAAUUCAUUAACAAUGAAUUCAAUGAUGUAUAUUUGGUGACUACUGUGGAUCCAAUCCCUCUCGAAGCAUUUACUCUUCAGGAAACUGAAGUCUCUGCUGUUAAAUAUAUUUCUUAUGAGGACUAUAGAAGCUUACUUGCUAAAGACGACCCUAAGUACGUCCCUUGUGACGUAAAUGGGCAAUAUGGUCAGCUCUUUGACAUAAUUGCACGGAGGUACAAGGAGAACACCAUAGAUCGAAACUUAUCACUACAAAAGCAACUCAAACGUUAUGCUCCUGUUUCCCUCUGUGCGGAGUUAACAGGUCUUACAGAGGCAGACAGGGAGGCUCUGGUGUUACUACUUAUGGCUGCAGCAAUUGUAGAUCAAAUCUUUUACCUUCAGGUUUGGUACAGUAACCCAGUUCUAAGGGAAUGGUUGAAGGAGCAUGCGGAUGCAUCACAGUUGGACAAGUUGAAAUGGAUGUACUAUGUAAUUGAUAAGAGUCCAUGGUCAUCCCUUGAUGAAAAUGAGGCAUUUUUGACAACUGCAGAUUCGGCUAUAAAGUUGCUUCCUGAAGCAACAAGACCGGUUACUGGGUGGAAGGGACUUGAAUACAAAGUUGCAUUUCCUGUGCUGAAACCUCCUGGUGCAAACUUCUAUCCGCCCGACAUGGACAAAGUGGAAUUUGAAUUGUGGAAGAAAAGUCUAACAGAGGACCAAAAACAAGCUGCAACAAGCUUUUUCACAGUUAUUAAAAGACAGAGCGAAUCAAGCCUGGAUUCUUCCUUGUAUGGAAGUACGGAUGGAAGCACAAAACAUUCAGUGACUUCCACUCACGAUCUAUAUAGUGUUCCCUUCUCCCAAGAGUAUAAUGCUUUCCUCACACAAGCAGCUGACUUAUUGCAUAAAGCUGGUGACUUGGCCAGUUCCCCUAGUUUGAAGAGAUUUUUUCACAGUAAGGCCGAUGCUUUCCUUUCAAAUGACUACUAUGACUCGGAUAUAGCUUGGAUGGAGUUGGACUCUAAGCUGGAUGUUACUAUUGGGCCAUAUGAAACAUAUGAAGAUGCUCUUUUUGGAUACAAGGCUACUUUUGAAGCAUUUAUUGGAGUUCGAGAUGACAAAGCAACUGCUCAAGUAAAACUUUUUGGUGACAAUUUGCAGGUUUUGGAACAAAAUCUGCCACUGGAUAAUGUCUACAAGUCUAGAGAUGUGAUAUCUGCUCCUAUUCGAGUCAUCGAUCUUAUUUAUAAUGCAGGAGAUGUCAAGGGUCCUCAAACUGCUGCAUUUAAUCUACCAAAUGACGAGCAUAUAGUAAAAGAUCGAGGAACAUCAAUGGUCAUGCUUAAGAAUAUCUCAGAGGCUAAGUUCAAGCACAUUCUUCAGCCUAUAGCUGAUGUUUGUAUUACAAGGGAACAACAGGAACUUGUAGAUUUUGAAUCUUUCUUCACUCACACAAUUUGCCAUGAGUGCUGCCAUGGGAUUGGACCUCAUGGCAUAACACUUCCAGAUGGUAGAAAGUCAACAGUGAGAUUGGAAUUGCAAGAACUCCACUUAGCUCUGGAAGAAGCAAAAGCUGAUAUAGUUGGCCUUUGGGCAUUGAAGUUCCUAAUCGACAAGGACUUACUCCCAAAGAGUUUAUUGAAGUCUAUGUAUGUUUAUUUUCUUGCUGGAUGCUUCCGCUCAGUACGGUUUGGUCUUGAAGAAGCUCAUGGAAAAGGACAAGCUUUGCAAUUUAACUGGUUGUAUGUGGAAGGAGCCUUUAUUUUGAAUCCUGAUGAAACAUUUUCUGUUGACUUUACCAAGGUUGAAGGUGCAGUUGAGACCCUGAGUCGGGCGAUACUCACCAUACAAGCAAAAGGUGACAAAGAGGCUGCAAAUGUACUGCUUCAGAAACACGGCAUACUGACAGACCCAUUAAAAGUUGCUUUGCAAAAAUUAGAGAAAAUUCAGAUCAUGAGACAGACAUGGCUUCGAUGACUUUUUAUGCCACUUGCAGUAAUCUGGUUCAGCGGUGCGAUAAUUCUCAUUGCUCUGCUCUGUUUAUGAACUUCUCUGAGUUUGGGGACACAUGGAUGAAGAUACACGGACAUUACCUACACACUAACACGAGGGUGAGUGCAGAUUAUGGAUGUAAGAUGGUUAAAUAGAUGACAAGUCGUAUAUUGCCCCAGGUGGAAGAUUGAUUCCAGUCUCGUAUGCAUAAAGUCGAGUGACUCAAGCCAUUUCCCUUGUCAGAAAAUAAGCGUCCUAAGCUGGCAUAAAACCGUGCAAGCAUGACUGAUCGUAGGAUUAUUCUUGCUUCUCAAUAUCAUCCUACAAGUCUCGUCAAGGUACAGUGACUUAUUGGGAUAUGCAGUGUUCGACUCUUGUUUGUGUUUGAUUUUAAUGAAUUCAGACGAUUGGAUAUGAAGGAAAAUAAUGAAAAAAGGAAUGGGGAAAAAUGAGAGGGUAUUGGUCCUA